GUCAAAGGCCCUAGUGCCGAAGGUGGAAGUAGUUAAGUGAACAGUUUGAGUAGAAUUCGUCAAUUUAACCAAUGCAAUAAAUCAUUUCAUCACGGAAACCCCCACCUGUGCACUUUACUCCUCUACUUCAACAGGAUUUCUGCGUUGUUCCAUCGAUCGACUGUUUGCUGAUGAAUUUGAGCAAGAUAUCAACAAAAGUCAUUAGUGAUUCGGCAUUUUUAUUUUGGACGACUCCAUAAAAUUAGUCUCUUCGGUUCAUAAAGUGGCUCGAGUUGUGCUAUCGAAGCGAAUCUAUUGAUUGAUAAGUGCAGAAAGAAUAUAAAUAAUUCAGGGUUUAUCGAAUGUCAACGAUGGAGGGUUCAUUGAGUAAAUGGACAAAUGUUGUUAAUGGGUGGCAAUAUCGGUGGUUCGUACUGGAUGAUAACGCUGGAUUACUCUCUUAUUACACGAGUAAAGAAAAAAUGAUGAGAGGUGCUCGUCGUGGCUGUGUUAGACUUCGUGGUGCGGUAAUCGGUAUUGACGAUGAGGAUGACAGCACAUUCACGAUAACAACGUCAUCGUCUAAAGAUGACCCAAAAACAUUUCACUUUCAAACGAGAAAUGGUGAAGAGCGUGAACGCUGGGUGCGUGCUCUGGAGGACACGAUUUUGCGACAUUCCCACGCCGUAAUUAUUACAUAUACCUGGCAUGAGCCUUCAUUCUCGUCUCAUAUACGUGUCACCAUAAUUUUGAUGAUUAAAUAUUCCUCAUUCCAGCGUUGGGAUCCAAAAAAAUCACCUCCCAAACAAGAUUUCGAUCGCAAAGUGGCUGAAGCCGAUGCCUACCUUCAAUUACUGAUCGAUCAAAUAAAAUUAAUCGAAGAUAAAGAGAAGAAUUUUAAUGAUGCCGAGGAAGAUAAGAAACAAAAGUAUGCAGCUAUACUGACACAGGCCAAUGCUGUCCUAAAUUCUGUUAAACAUACGAUUGUGCAAUUGCAAAUAGCGAAGAAUACUGCCAUACCUGUUAAUGGUAUUUACCGGGGGCCAACUGAUGCGUCACUCAGUACUUGUAUUACAACGCCAACGCUGACUCAUGCUAGAGAAGAACCUGAAUCAGCAGUACAAACAGGUAUAGAAGUAGGCUCAGAAUGUAUGGAGCUUCGUGUAUCAUCGAAUCUCCCCAAGGAUCUCCCUGUGCCUGAAUUUUCAUACUCCUCAUCCGACGAGGAUGAAGACUAUUUCGACGCAGCUGACGACAUAUCAACUCCCACAACUGUCCAGACUCAUUUUCCCGACCGUUGUGACAGUGAAAAGGACAAACGUCUGCAGACAACUUCGGAGGCUGACAGCAAUGAAUAUCGGAGGCAGUUAUCGCAGUCACAGCCACCUGUUAAAACGGACGGCUCCGUGGAUUACGACGCACUUUACGAGGAGGAGAGUGAGCCAGAGGUGGACUCGAUGGAGAGCCAUGGCUCAGUGGUGACUCACCUGCUGUCACAAGUGAAAAUUGGAAUGGAUUUAACAAAAGUAGCUCUGCCUACAUUUAUACUCGAGCGCAGAUCACUUCUCGAGAUGUAUGCAGAUUACUUUGCACAUCCCAAUCAUUUUAUCAGUAUAGCAGACAUGCCAACACCCAAGGAGCGUAUGGUACAAGUGGUAAGAUGGUAUCUCUGCAGUUUCCACGCUGGAAGGAAGUCUGGUGUAGCUAAAAAGCCCUACAAUCCGGUUCUCGGUGAGAUUUUUAGAUGUCAUUGGGACUUGGCAGCUGAAAAUUCGAAACAAUCCACGAUUCCUCAGAGUGAAAGUACUACGAGAGAAGGACCUGUACCAUGGUGUUCCGAUAAUCAACUAUGUUUUAUUGCUGAACAGGUUUCACAUCAUCCACCAGUUAGUGCAUUUUAUGCCGAGCAUUAUGCUAAAAAAAUUAGUUUCAAUGCUCAUGUAUGGACAAAGAGUAAAUUUUUGGGUCUUAGCAUUGGGGUGCAUAAUAUUGGAAAAGGCUGGGUCAAUGUUUUAGAGUAUGGUGAAGAGUAUGUAUUGACAUUUCCAAAUGGUUAUGGUAGAUCAAUACUCACUGUACCAUGGAUUGAAUUGGGAGGGACAGCUACUAUUACAUGUGCUCAGACUGGAUAUCAAGCGACUGUUGAGUUUUUGACAAAACCAUUUUAUGGAGGAAAGAAGAAUAGAAUUUCUUGUCAGGUGACGCAUCCAGGGGAGAAAAAACCAUUCCUCUGCAUCAAUGGAGAGUGGAGUGGAUCUUUGGAAGCUAAAUGGAGCGAUGGGAGAACUGAGCUGUUUGCUGACGUGACAAAAAUUCCGGUUGAUAAAAAGCUGGUGAAACCAGUGAGUGAACAGGAGGAGUAUGAGUCGAGAAAAGUGUGGAGGGAGGUGACUGUUGGACUGAAGAUUAAUGAUAUGGAUAGAGCAACUGCUGCCAAGUGUCUUAUUGAACAGAAACAACGAGAUGAAGCGAGAAUAAGAAAAGAAAAUAAUGCUUCGUGGGAAACCAAAUUUUUCAAGGAAACUAAUGAUGGUGGUUGGGUAUACAUGACUCCACUCGCCAAUAGAUUGAGAUCGGCAACAAAUUUGGUUCAGUGAUCACUUCAACAGUGCUUCUAAUUCGCCUAAUGCCUGUACCCACGAAUUCUCAUGAAUAAUUCGCGGCCUAACUGAGCAUAUACUGGAUAUUUCUCAAUGGAGAGAUUAAUCGAAAGAUGGGGGGGGGGGGUGACAAAUGGUAUUAGAUCACUGAUAUUCAUCCGUAGUUUAAUACAAAUAAUUCGAUGACAUGUGUCUUAGCAGAUAAGUUCUGAAUCUUUUAAUGUCACCUACAAUAUUAACUGGUGACAAUGACAUGUAAUGUUUACGGAGGAAAAAAAUUACAAACACUUCUUAUUUCAUUGAAUCUUCUAGGGAAUCUGGCAUGGGUGAAUUUGUUGUAUAAUCUAGAACUAACCAUAUGAAAAUAGAUAUGAGAUCGAUUAUGAAAGAGGGAAAAAAAAACAAGUUGAAAAUUUUAGAAAAUAUAUUUUUUCUGUAAUUGUAUAAAUAGAGAAUAGAAAAAUAUGAGAAACAUAAUUCGCACAA